AGUCCCAUGAGCACACGACUCGGCGCUUGAGCUUUCCAAUCAUCGUUCAAACAGUUCGCCAGUGGUACCUCCGCCACACGCAAAUCCGUGACGGCGAGAGUGUGCCCAACGAAUAAGCAGUUCGACGCACAACGUAACCAUGUCCGCCAGCGAAGAGACGGUGAAGCAGGAGCAGCCCCCCGAGACCAGGGAAAUGGGGGAGACGGGCAAGGUUGACGAGACGCACAAGACACAAGACGCAGAAGAGACGCCUGCAGCGGACAAGGGUGCCGGGGGAGAACAGAGACCACCUUCCCAGGAUGGUUCCGAAAGAGACACGGACAGUUUUGAGGAUGCCGUCGAGACCGGGUCGCUGAGGUCACUGACGAAACGCCAACAGCCUGUCAACCCUCUGCCCCUGCCCGCCGAGGAACAGACUGGUGCCGGCCACGAGGAAGGGGAGGAGGCAUCACAGCCUGCUGCGGCGAACGGAGACGUCGAUUCACAGGAGGCGACAGCAGAGAGGAAGAUCCCCCGUCCUCUCUCGCAACUUUCUACCGGCUCUCUCGAUAAUGUAAACCUCGACGACGACGACGCGACAGCAACGACGGCCGAAUCUCGGCAAGGCACGUCCCAGCAGCUGAAACUGAACGCUCGCGGCCCGUACCAACACGCUAACUCCCUCCCAGUGAAGAGCCCCCCGCCAGAGAAGGCGUCCAAGACCAUGUCCUUCAGCAGCAUAACCAAUGCGCUGCCGCCGAUGCCGUGGUCGCCGCCCGCCACCGAAUCCCGCUCAAAGAGCCCCCCUGCUGCUGCUGCUGCUGCUGCUGCCCCCGCCCCCGCCCCCGCCCCCGCGCCAGCGUCGACGGGGAGGAAAUUCAACAGCCCGUUUUCGUGGCUUUCGCGAAGCUCCUCCAAGGAGCCUCCCGCGGCUCAAGCUGCUGCCCCGUCAACCCGGAGAAACACGGCUAGCUCGGUCGCCACUCUAACUAGCAAUCCGGAGAUGAUGCUGAGUAAACUGGAGGAGGAGAGGGCUGGGGAGGAUGGGACGCGCAACAGUCUCAAGGACCGCUUCAAGGCACUCCGCUUGAAGGAAGAGGCGGUAGCUGCCCCGGCCGAGGACGGCAAGACGUUGGCCGUAGCUGGCGACGGCUCGGAAACCGCGGUCGCGGCGCAGCCACCCGCUUCCCCCCUGCCACCAAAUCCGGACAAGAAUCUCGCGCCGGGAACCGCUUCGGGUGUCACAGCCGGGCCGUCUUCUAUCGCCGACGCCCCGGUGGACUGGGAUCUCUGGCAGAAGGUGGUCAACGAGGGCCCCGCCGCCGUUGCUCGGUCAAGCCCGGAGGAACUCAACAAGGCGAUCGCGACUGGCAUCCCGAACGCUAUCCGUGGCGUCAUCUGGCAGGUGCUCGCCCAGAGCAAGAACGAGGAGCUAGAAGCCGUCUACCGCGAACUCGUGGCACGGGGUACCGACAAGGAGAAGAAGGACAAGAACAGGCAGAGUAGCGGGACAACAAUAAGCGCUACCAUGAACGGCAGUGCCAAGGGUUCGGCAUCAUCUGCCUCUUCUGUUCACUCGGAUGGCUCCGGCUCAAAUGGUGUCCCGUCUCCGACCGACAAGGACUCGGAUUCCAUCAACAAGAAGGCCCCGGCUCUCUCGGCUGCCGAGCGGCAGAAGAAGGAGAAGGAGGACUUGGCCAUGCUGCAGAAGCUCGAGAAGACCAUCAGGAGAGACCUCGGUGCUAGGACUAGCUUCUCCAAGUUUGCCGCCGCCCAGGGGCUCCAGGAGGCCCUGUUUGGCGUCUGCAAGGCAUACGCCCUGUUCGACGAAGCUGUUGGCUAUGCUCAAGGCAUGAACUUCCUCAUCAUGCCGCUUCUCUUCAACAUGCCGGAAGAGGAGGCAUUCUGCUUGUUAGUGCGCUUGAUGAACCAGUACCACCUCCGCGAUCUCUUCGUGAACGACAUGCCCGGCCUUCACCUCCACCUCUACCAAUUCGAGCGGCUGCUCGAAGAUUUCGAGCCAGCACUCUACUGCCACCUUCGGCGACGUGGCAUCUCGCCCCAUCUCUACGCUACCCAAUGGUUCCUGACCCUCUUCGCCUACCGCUUCCCGCUACAGCUCGUCCUCCGCAUCUACGAUCUGAUCCUAUCCGAAGGCCUCUCUGCUAUUCUCAAAUUCGGCAUCGUCCUCAUGCAGAAGAACGCGGCUGCCCUCCUCGCCAUUCCCGACAUGACCCAGCUUACCAACUUCCUCAAGGACCGCCUCUUCGACGUCUACAUCGACUCCGCUCCUUCCUCCAAUUCCAUCCUCGAGAACGGUUUCUUCGGCAGCUCCUCCAGCAGCAUUGAUAAGGAGGUCUACCGCGCGGACCAGCUCGUCCGCGAUGCGUGCGAGGUCAAGAUCACGCCCGAGAUGCUCAAGGCGUACCAGGCCGAGUGGGAAGAGAAGACGCGCGCGGAGCGGGAGCGCGAGGCGGAGCUCGAGGCGCUGCGCGCCAGCAACGCCAGCUACGCGAUCCGCAUGCGCAAGCUCGAGGAGCGUCUGCAGCAAGUGGACGCCGAGCAGGCAUCGCUGGCAACCGAGCUGGUGCACACCAAGGUGGAGAACGACGAGCUGCGUGACGAGAACGAAGGACUCAAGAUCCAGGUGCAGGAGUUGCGCAUCGUUAUCGAGAAGCAGCCCGCGGAGCUGGAGAUGGCUUGGCAGCAGGAACGUGACGACCUCAUGAAGCGGAACGAGAAGGUGCACGAGGAGAACCAGCGCCUCGAGAAGGAGCUGUCGGAGCUCGAGGAGGAGCUGGUGCAGACAAAGAUGCGCUAUGCAGAGAUCAACUCGGCACACGAGACUCUGACGCGGAAAUGGACCGAUCUCAAGAGACAGUUCCAAUGAAUGAGUCUGUGCUCGCCCUUCCCCCACUCUGGGACCCGUCCGGGGAGGCUCUCGAUUCGAAACUGGAGCACCAAUCCCUUGCGG